AUGCUGGGACUGAGAGCCAGAGCCUCCAGGAACCCAAUCUCGGCCAUCUCCUCCCCCCUGAACGCGCGCUCCACUUUAGACAACUCCACGGCCGCCUCACAGUCGCCGCUCAGCUGCAACCUCUGGACGACCUGCACUCUUAUUCCGGCGCAAUUAUUCACAUUAUUCACAACUUUUACCUGCAGCAAUUAUCCAUUGCUUCCUCGGUUCAAAUCCAACACCACCACCCUCGCCCUCACCACCACCGUUGCAUCCACACGGGCAUCCACAUCCACAACCACCACAGCCUUGACCUUUGAGCCUGCUGCUACCAAUCACGCUCUUCGUCCGCUUCUCCCUCUGCCAUUCACCAUUGGACGCUUUGCCCACGCUUGCAUUAAAACAACCACCACCACCGUUCAAGCUAAAGCCAAAGCUGCAGUCCGAGCCACCGUCUGCACGUCGUCGCCUACGCAUUUCUUUGUCCGGGUCUCCACAUAUCUAACUGCAAACCUAAUCGUUUUGCACCUACGACUAUUGCGGCUGUUGCUGCACCCAUUGUUCCUGCGCGACGCUUUCCUUGGUCGACUUUUCCCCAACACCAUCCCCUCAACCUCCCCUCCAACCCGGCGACCAAUUCAAUCGCUCCGUUCGCUGUCGACAUCGCCGCCGUCGUUUCUGCCGCUGCCGCUUAAAGAGGCCCUGGCGACCUCGACGAGCCUGGCCCAGGCGCUGCUGCAAACUCCUCGACAACCAAAAGACCCGUUCUCCACCGUGCCCCAUGCAUUCGCAAAUCCUCGCAUCACAACGCUUUCGCAGCAGCCCACAUAUCCCGGCGCUUCGCCUGACCUCCAGACUCCAGUAGCCGCCCACGCCGCCGCCCUGCCCCAAGCUCACACUCCAUCCCUGCUACGCCAAUACGACCCCAAAGAGUACUUCCUGCAGUCUCCCUUUCGCAAUCGCGCCGCCUCUUCUGCGGCCCGUCGACUUCCUCACCUUUCCGCUGCUCGUCUCUGGAACCCAACCAACUCUACACCACGCCUUCCCGAUAAGCCAGCUCUUCGCAAACGACGACCCUCGACACCGCCUCCCCCCGCCGUUCCUCUCUCGCAUCCGACUCUCGAUCCAUUGUCCGUCGACCCUGCUGACCCUCUCGGCAUCGGCGCAAGCGACUAUCCGCUGCUGACUCUCCCGGAGCAGCGCCAAACGCGACAUUCGACAUCGAAUCGAAAUAGCCUCCAAAUCGACCGCAGUGGGAGUGGUGCAGAGCAUCGCAUCAGCCUACCACCAUCAGUGCGCCAUUCAUACGACGGACGAAGGUCCGCUGAUCCUUCGCCAACAUUCUUGGAUCCCGACGCUCACCCCGCCGACGAGGAAGAAGAAGCACCUGCGGAACCUUCUGCCGAGACCCGAGUGACUGGUUUGAGGAAACGUGGGCAGAGUAUUUCUGACCCAGUCAUACGAGAUUUUGCCAUAACACUCAACGACAAAGGGAAAGGAAAGGCAUCCAUGGAGCCAGGCGCAGAGAAUCAGGGACGAGGGGUCUCCAAGGACUUGGAGCGCGGGCCAGAUGUGCUUCCACGUCAUUCAAAUGUGUCGGCUGGCGAUGGCAUGGGUAUUGGGUCGGCCAUUUCAUCUUCAAACUCGUCGAUUAUGGGAGAGGAACUGCCGCCGGAUCUGGGCGAAGAAUGGGGUCCACAACACCCCUGCUUCCCCCAUAUGAAUCCUCACGUUCCUCUCGACUCGCCAGAGUACCACAACACUCGAAUCAUCCGCAUACGCCGAGACUGGUUGAUCGAGGGAGACUUGGCUCCGACGUUUUCCAACUUGUAUCCUGAAAUCUUGGACCCGGCCGGCUUGUCAGAACAAGAGUUCCGGAGGAUUGUCGACAAGCUCAACGGCGAACUCAUUCCUAUAUUCAGCCCAUACAACUGGAGAAACGUGGUCGAUAGCAUGCUCGGACUCGUUACGGGCUGGUUGUGGGAUGAUUUGGGGUUUACAGGUGUCAAAGCUCGGCUGAAGCGCCUGGAACGCUGGAUUGACCAGUGGAACAACGAGAUGGAAAAGACAAUCGGCAAUGAAGACAGUUCAAUGGCCCCACGAAUCAUUUCACUGAGGAAGACGGGGUACAUGACACUCGACAUACAAAUCCCAGAUCCGGAAAUUGCGCCUGCUCCUAGCACACCUGGCGGUUCAAGGUCUGGAAGCCUGCCAAUGGAGCCGGCAACCGCCGUGAUGGCAUCAUAA